UAAUCCAUUCAAAGAUAUGUGGAGAGAGUUUUUAGGAAGCGAUUUGAUUAGAAACGAUGGAAAGGAAAUGUAGUUUGACUUGGUACUUUCCAACCCUUGCCUAAAGUUAUACCAAACAAUCCUCUACCGAUUUUUUCAAGUUAACAAUCCAUUCCCAAAAACCAAACUAAAUCAAAAACCAUAAAGAUUUAACAAAAAACAAAUGAGGUCCAAAAAUCCAGGACAAUGGAAAUAGUUUUCUGUCAUGUCCCAAUAGAAGAAAAUAAAGAAGAAACAAAGAAUGUGGUUUCCUAAGACAACGAGUAACUCGUCCAUCCGUGCCGGAAAUGGGCAACGUAAGGGAAACUCCAUUGUGGCUGUCGCAAUAGACAAGGAUAAAUACAGCCAACACGCUCUCAAAUGGGUUGUUGAACACCUUCUCACCCGUGGUCAAACCGUUGUCCUCAUCCAUGUCAAUCACAAAUCAGGCAAUAAACAAUUUUCAUUUCUACAAAACUUUAUAGUUUUGUUAGAAAUUAUAAUUGAUGAAUCUGUACAAUGCAUUGAUGUCAUACUUGAAGGCACCAACAUAGCAAAAGCGUUAGCAGAAUACGCUUCUGAAAAUGCAAUAGAGUAUUUGGUGCUUGGUGCAUCCUCACGACAUGGUUUCAUUAGAUUCAAGACCUCCGAUGUUCCCAGCAGUGUAAUGAAGGUGGCCCCAGAUUUCUGCACCAUUUAUGUCAUCUCCAAAGGGAAGAUUUCGAGUGCAAAAAAAUCUUUAAAAGCCGCUCCGUUUGUUUCUCCGCUCCAUGAACAGAUCGAAGAGAAAUCAAACAAUGCAAACAGUUUCGUGUCAAUUGCACCCAACAACAACAACAACAACAACCACAGUUUUCAAUCCAGAGCGCCGGAAAAGCCGCCGGAGAAGCCCCGUAUGAUGCCGGAAAAGCUUGAAUCCUUCAGAUCGCCGUUUACUCGACCUGGAAGAGCAGAAAAUGCGAAGCUCUUGGAGCUUCAGGAUUUAGACACUGAUAUAUCGUUUGUGGGGAAUGCGAGGCAGAGCACUGAUCACAUGUCUCUCGAUAACUACUACGACCUGGACAUCGGAAUAACUGAUCGGAAUCGUGAUGAGUUCUCAUCGUCUUCUUUUGAGAGCCGAGCCUCAUCUGCAUCUCAAAAUAUGGAUGAUGGUGACAAUGAAAUGAAAAUGUUAAAGAUGGAACUCGUGAGGAAAAUGGGCUUAUAUACUGUAGAUUGCAAUGACGCAAGUACAGCAAAACAAAAGGAGGGACUCCAACAAUGGCGUAUGGAAGAACAAAAGAGAUUAUUAGAGGAGGCUAGAGAAGCUGGAGAGAAAGAGAAAGCCAAGUCCCAGGCAACAAUGGAGAAAGCAGAAGCAUCUAAAAGAAUCAUGGAAUUGGAAUCUAGACGAGUAGUCGCCGAAAUGAAAGCACUCACCACAGACGAUGAGGAUCCCGAUAACAAAUUCCAGUAUAAGAAAUAUACAAUUGAAGAGAUCGAAGAGGCUACAGAGUUUUUUGCACAAUCUAGAAAGAUCGGAGAAGGAGGCUACGGUCCUGUUUUUAAAGGUAUGCUCAGUCAGACCGUUGUCGCCAUUAAAGUGUUGCGUCCAGAUGCUGCACAAGGAAGGUCACAGUUUCAACGAGAGGUGGAAGUGUUGAGCUGUAUGCGACAUCCGAAUAUGGUUCUCCUCCUUGGAGCCUGCCCGGAAUACGGGUGUCUGAUCUAUGAAUACAUGGGUAACGGUAGUUUAGAAGAUCGGCUACUCAGAAGAGGAAACACGCCACCGUUAUCCUGGCAAAUCAGAUUCAAAAUCGCGUCAGAAAUCGCCACCGGAAUCCUGUUUCUUCAUCAGACAAAACCAGAACCGAUAGUUCACCGUGAUCUGAAGCCAGGAAACAUUCUCCUAGACGAAAACUUCGUGAGCAAGAUUAGCGACGUCGGACUAGCGAGGUUACUCCCGCCGUCGGUUACUGGUGACAUGACGCAGUAUCGGAUGACAUCGGCGGCAGGGACACUUUGCUAUAUUGAUCCGGAGUAUCAGCAGACGGGGAUGCUUGGGGUGAAAUCUGAUGUCUAUUCUCUAGGGAUCAUGUUGUUGCAGUUGAUUACAGCUAGACCGGCGAUGGGUUUGAGUCAUCAUGUUCAAAACGCCAUUGAUGAUGGAACUUUUGGUAAGAUGCUGGAUCCGUGUGUCACUGAUUGGCCUCAAGAUGAAGCCCUAGGGUUUGCAAAAUUGGCACUACAAUGUGCUGAGUUAAGGCGUAAAGAUAGACCGGAUUUAGGGAAGGUGGUUUUGCCGGAGCUUGCUAGAUUGAGAGACUUCGGUGAGGAGAGCAUGCCGCCGUGAAUAACACCGUGUAUAUAUAUACUAACUAGUUCAGAAUUCAGAUCCUUCCCAACCAUAGCUAUAGGUUUCACUGUAGGUGUAUAUAUUCCUUCCUUGAAUAUUGAAAAUUGUAUAUUUACA